CGUCACUCAACACCAUUCCACCGGCCAGGAACAGUCGCGAUGCAAUGAGCUUCAUCCAGCGCGUCUCUUCGCAGGCGCCCGCCGACUACACCACCCCGCCCUGGCCCUCCCUCUACUGGCCCAUCCCCUUACUUGGCCCGCAAUCCUACUACCUGUACCAUCCGAGCGACAUAUGGCGCUUCACGAUCAUAUGGACCCUCCUACUCUAUGCAGCUAUCCAUUUCGCUGUCGCGGGAUGGGCGACCACUAUACAACUGCGAAACUGGAAAGUUGCUUGUACUAUACCCCCCAUCUAUGCUAUCAUUGGAGGUAUUGAAGGCAUCGUUGCCGGUAGUGUAAUCGGAGGACUGCUGGGAGGCGUCUACAAUGCCGGAUACUACAGAAUGUCCACCUGGAUACCGUUCAUAUGGGCUUUGAUCAAUGCCUUGGUUCUAAUUCUGUCCUCCUUUGCGAUACAAGGCGGCCUUUGAGCGAACCAUGCAACAAUCAGCUGGGAAACCAUUCAGGAUCAUGCCUCUCCGAUUGCGGAUGAGAUGCGGGAAUUAUUCUUCCAGCUAUGAAUUGUAGUUAAGUUGCUUGCAAUUAUUCCGCUCAGCACGAACUUACACCGCCAUAGAUAGCCUCAAAGCACUAGAACGCUUAGCCCUACCAGGU